AUGGCUGAUCUAAUCGCUUUCCACACCUAUUAUUCACGUCACAGUUUCCUUUCACCAUCCACGAUGAUUUCACGACCAAACAACCACAGACGAUCGCUCUCGUCUGGUAACCGAUCCCCAUCUCCCGACCGGGCCGUCACAAGGGCCAAGUCGACGGAUGGUCUGUCCAGAUUCGAAUCCAAAAAGCCGGCACCGGCUGUCCGGUCAACGAGUGUAGGAAAUUUCACAGAUAGUGGUUUCAGCACGCUGAAGGAUCCAAGACUUGCAGCCCCAGUGGAGGAGUCGGAAGAGUUAUCACCGGCCUCUCAUCAUCCUGACUUGAAUGAUGAGGUCGCUGCUCUGAGUAUAAAGCUUGUUCAGGCUAUCAACAACCAAACCACCCUCGAUGACACCCUGGUCGCUACCCGCCAAGAACUGGAACAGGCUCAGGCCAUGGUACAAACACUGGAGCUCGAGAAUGAGAAGUAUCGGCGAGACAUCGACCAGGAAGUCUUGAUCAGAAAGGCCGAUUCGGAUCAGGAAAUUUCACGUUUACAAGAUGCUUUGGCGGAAGAGAAAGCACAGCGGGCAGCCGUCGAAAAGGGCAAGAAGACCAUUGAGCAAGAGCUCGAGACUCUUACCGCUGCUCUUUUCGAGGAAGCUAAUAAGAUGGUCGCUGCUGCUAAGCUUGAGCGGGAAGAAAUAGAAAAGAAAAAUGAGCAACUUCGCGCUCAGGUCAAAGACACCGAAUAUCUCCUUGCGUCGCAUCAAGAUCAACUAGCAGAAUUGAAAGCUGUCAUGCAGGGUAUGAACGCUGCGAAGGAUGACACCGAUACUCGCACGAUCGCGUCCACCGCCCCCUCGUCACCAGCUGCACGCCGUCAGUCGCUGCAAGGGAUGGUCAAGAAGAACCAGGAAACCGCACAACUUCCGGAUCAAGACCAACCCGCACAACCGUUUGAGGACAUCUUACCGGGUCCAUCUACCAGCUUCCCACAUUUGGUCAAGACUGUGUGCCGGACGGACCACCAAGCAUUUGAGGAUUUUCGUGAUUUGUUUUACGUGCCGCAGUCAAGGCCCCCCAGCCGGGCGCCCAGCGGAUCGUACAGUGGUCUCAAUGUAAUGAGCCUCGCCAAUUUUGGUAGUGGGAGUUUUGGGUCAACAUCUUCGUCACCGUCCAAAUCGCAAACUCAUUCUCCCAGCGGGAGUAUGUCUUCUCCGCAGCCCGGAAGUUCUCACUCACCAUUGAAGGAAAAGCGGUUUUACAAGAGAGCCCUCGUUGAAGAUAUUGAACCCACUCUCAGGCUCGAUCUAGCUCCAGGAAUUUCGUGGCUUACGCGGCGUACGGUCAUAAAUGGUAUUUGUGAGGGCAGUUUGUUGGUUGAGCCGAUGCCACCAACAGGGAGGGACCCUUGCUCAAUGUGUGGCGAGCGUAGGACCGCACCUGAGUACCAACGGUGUCACCGUUUCCGAACCUCCGAUAGUGAGGCCGCCCAACGAUACCCAUUAUGUUCGCUCUGUCUGGAGAGGAUGCGUUCAUGUUGCGAGUUUACCGGAUACCUUCGUCUUAUCCUUGACGGACAUGUCCGAGCCGGCGAUUCCGAAGAGGAAAAGGAUGUCUGGGAGGAAACCGUUCGUCUACGGGAAAGAAUGUUCUGGUCUCGUGUUGGCGCCGGCGUUGUUCCCUUGCAUUCCCAAGCCAGUGCCCCUGUGAAUGGUUUGACGGGCGCGCAAUUCGAUGGUCCUCAACCGUCGAUACUCGAGAGUACGGGCGUGCAGACCGAUGCAGAGAAUGAUUACCAUGAAUAUUACAAUGAUGACAGCGAUUACGACAGAGCGUCUGUGUACGAGGAUCCUUUUGUAUCUGCCGGCUCCGCAUCUCCCGCGAGCACUGCGUAUUCGGGCAUGAAUGCCGAUCAGCCGGAGCGGCUGGACUUGGGACAAGAGAUCUAUGAGCCUACCGUUGAGCAGGUCACUGUCUCUGCAGCCAUCCAAUCUCCUAAGUCUGGAGAAAGUGAUGCACCAAUCAAACAAUUAACGACGCAAACUGUUGAGCCGGUUAUCGAAAAGGAGACCGCUUGA